GCAUACGCGACUGGUUCAAACCAGCAUUCCCAUUCUGCGCAUAUCCGCGCAUAUACGAUUGGAUUGCAAAUAUGGCCGCUUCUCAGGAGAAAGUUGCGGUCUAUUCAUUACCUGACCUCAAAAACACAACCGACGACGCAAUCCCUAUCUACCUCAAUAGUCUCUCCUUCAAGCAAUCGCACACCCUCACCGAUGUCCGUCUCUUCCUCAGCUACCUAGCCUUCGGCAUUUGCGCUGCGACCUUCUACUGGGACUACAAGCUCGGCUUUGAAGCCACGAAAUACUAUACCGCAGCCGCCGUCGCCCUCUACACAUGCAUCAACGGCCUACUCACCUUCUGGAUAUGGGGCGUCGAGAAGAAUACCAUAUAUGUUGGGACCAACGAAGCAGGAGAUAAGAUUUCGAUCCAGAGCAGCACGAAGAAACACGUGCCAAUUUACCACCUCACCAUUACGGUACAGGAGAAAGGGGCAGGUGGCAAGAGCAGGGAGAUCAGGAUCGCGAGGCCCUUUAGAGAAUGGUUUGAUAAGGAAGGGCAUUUUGUCACGAUCCCAUUCCAGCAGAUGCUUGCGAGUAAUGUGGGGGUGAUCGGGGCGGCGGACCCCAAGAGGGUGGUUGACGAGAAGAAGAUGGGCGCUGGGGCGAAGGCCGAUGAUACGAAGUCGAUGGAAGAAAAGUGGAACAGUCUUUUGGCAGAGAGUUCUGGUGCGACUGUUGUGGAUUCAAAGGUCGAGGCUGAUGCGGCGAGCUCUGCGACUCCGGGGAAGGGAGGGAAGAGGCGGGCCAAGAAAGCAUAA